CGGGCGGACAGCAUGCUGAGCCUCCUCGUCUGGAUCCUCACUCUCUCCGACACUUUCUCCCAAGGCACCCAGACCCGCUUCAGCCAGGAACCAGCAGACCAGACUGUGGUGGCCGGACAGCGGGCCGUGCUCCCCUGUGUGCUCCUCAACUACUCUGGGAUUGUUCAAUGGACCAAGGAUGGGCUGGCCCUGGGUAUGGGCCAGGGCCUCAAAGCCUGGCCACGAUACCGGGUCGUGGGCUCUGCAGAUGCCGGGCAGUACAACCUGGAGAUCACUGACGCGGAACUCUCUGAUGAUGCUUCCUACGAGUGCCAGGCCACAGAGGCUGCCCUGCGCUCCCGACGGGCCAAACUCACCGUGCUCAUCCCCCCAGAGGACACCAGGAUCGAUGGAGGGCCUGUGAUUCUGCUGCAGGCAGGCACGCCCCAUAACCUCACAUGCCGCGCCUUCAACGCCAAGCCCGCCGCCACCAUCAUCUGGUUCCGGGAUGGGACCCAGCAGGAAGGGGCUGUGGCCAGCACGGAGUUGCUAAAGGAUGGAAAGAGGGAGACUACGGUUAGCCAGCUGCUCAUUAACCCCACGGACCUGGACAUUGGACGCGUCUUCACGUGCCGCAGCAUGAAUGAGGCCAUCCCCAGCGGCAAGGAGACAUCUAUAGAGCUGGAUGUACAUCACCCUCCUACAGUGACCCUGUCCAUCGAGCCCCAGACGGUGCAGGAGGGAGAGCGCGUAGUCUUCACAUGCCAGGCCACGGCCAAUCCUGAGAUCCUAGGCUACAGGUGGGCCAAAGGGGGUUUCCUGAUAGAAGAUGCCCAUGAGAGCCGCUAUGAGACAAAUGUGGAUUAUUCCUUCUUCACGGAGCCUGUGUCUUGUGAGGUCCACAACAAAGUGGGGAGCACCAACGUCAGCACUUUAGUAAAUGUCCACUUUGCCCCCCGGAUUGUAGUUGAUCCCAAGCCCACAACCACAGACAUUGGCUCUGAUGUGACCCUCACCUGUGUCUGGGUUGGAAAUCCCCCCCUCACCCUCACGUGGACCAAGAAGGAUUCAAACAUGGGGCCCAGGCCUCCUGGCUCCCCACCCGAGGCUGCUCUCUCUGCCCAGGUCCUGAGUAACAGCAACCAGCUACUACUGAAGUCGGUGACCCAAGCAGAUGCGGGCACCUAUACCUGCCGGGCCAUUGUGCCUCGGAUUGGAGUGGCUGAGCGGGAGGUGCCGCUUUAUGUGAACGGGCCUCCCAUUAUCUCCAGCGAGGCAGUGCAGUACGCCGUCAGGGGCGACGGUGGCAAGGUGGAAUGCUUCAUCGGGAGCACACCACCCCCAGACCGCAUUGCCUGGGCAUGGAAGGAGAACUUCCUGGAGGUGGGGACCUUGGAACGCUAUACGGUGGAAAGGACCAACUCUGGCAGCGGGGUGCUGUCCACGCUUACCAUCAACAAUGUCAUGGAGGCUGACUUCCAGACCCACUACAACUGCACUGCCUGGAACAGCUUUGGACCCGGCACAGCCAUCAUCCAACUGGAGGAGCGAGAGGUGUUACCCGUGGGCAUCAUCGCUGGGGCCACCAUCGGCGCAGGUAUCCUGCUCAUCUUCUUCUUCAUCGCCUUGGUGUUCUUCCUCUACCGGCGCCGAAAAGGCAGUCGCAAGGAUGUCACCUUGAGGAAGCUGGACAUCAAGGUGGAGACCGUGAACCGAGAGCCACUGACCAUGCACUCCGACCGUGAGGACGACACUGCCAGCGUCUCCACGGCAACCCGGGUCAUGAAGGCCAUCUACUCACCCUUUAAGGAUGACGUGGACCUGAAACAGGACCUGCGCUGUGACACCAUCGACACCCGGGAAGAGUAUGAGAUGAAGGACCCCACCAACGGUUACUACAAUGUGCGAGCCCACGAAGACCGCCCGGCCUCUAGGGCAGUGCUGUAUGCUGACUACCGAGCCCCUGGCCCCACACGCUUCGAUGGUCGCCCCUCAUCCCGCCUCUCUCACUCCAGUGGCUACGCCCAGCUCAAUACUUACAGCCGGGCACCUGCCUCUGACUAUGUCCCUGAGCCUACACCCUCCGGCCCUGCUGCCCCAGCCGGCACCGACACCACCAGCCAGCUGUCCUAUGAAAACUAUGAAAAGUUCAACUCCCACCCCUUCCCCGGGCCAACUGGGUACCCCACCUACCGACUGGGCUAUCCCCAGGCCCCACCCUCUGGCCUAGAGCGGACCCCAUACGAGGCAUAUGACCCCAUUGGCAAGUACGCCACAGCCACUCGAUUCUCCUACACUUCCCAGCACUCGGACUACGGCCAGCGGUUCCAGCAGCGCAUGCAGACUCACGUGUAGGGGCCAGCACCCCGCUUGGGCAUCUCUGCGGGGCAGAGGAGAAGGCUUUCACAGCUGUUCCCUGAUAUUCAGGGGCGUUGCUCCUUGCUCCCUUCUCAGACCAGCCUUCCUCCUCCCGCUAUGGCAGGUGGGGAGCAGGUCUCCCAGAAACACACCCCCCUCCCCAAUCCCGAGGAUGGUGCUCUGCGCAUGCCCCAGCGUCUUGGGCCUGCCCUUCCCUCUUCUUCGGGAGGAGGUGUCUCUUCUGACCUGCGUGCUUGCUUGAGACCCCAGCGUGGGGACCGGGAAAGUGAAGGUGGGGAGAGCAGAGUGGGCACUUUUUAGCAUUCCCUUUCGAUCCCACCCCUCUGUUUUCCCAUGAGUAGACGGAGCAGUGGAGUAAAAUGGACUGGGCAGGCUUUGGCCUGGGGACCAUGGCGUAUGGGAGUCAGUGGCUCUGGCACAGUCUCUGUGGUCUGUUUUUACAUCCUGGGUACAUUGCUUUCCUCUUCGGAGGCCUGCAGAUGGGACCUUGGAUUUAUUUUAGUUGUUGUCUUCAGAACAGCUCUGACAGUUGAGUUCACAUCCAAGCCCCUAUUCUGCUGAAAUCAAAAUGCCAGUCAUCCUGGCUGCUACUGUGGGCAUUGGUCUGUCAGCUGCAGAGGGAUCCAGAGAUUACCCGUAGCACCGCUCCCUUCCCUUCUCUGCUGAGUGGGCCAGAUAAGUUCAGAUUGUGGUAGAGAAAGGAUGGUCAGGACCUUAACCUUAAUUGACCAGAGACCACUGUACCCUAUGUUGCACUUCCCAGACCUAACACUAGAGAUAGCCAUUAAGCCCUCUUUCCCCUUACCUACCCCACUUCUUGGCUUUGGCAAGUGGUAUAGUGGGGUCAGAGUGCUACAGACUCUUUUUCAAAGGCAAGAGCAACAAAAACAGUGAUAGGCUUAUUUGGAAAGGAAGCUUGCAGGAGUUCCCACACACAAAUACAAAUGUCAGUAGAAAGGAAGGGGGCGCCUGUUCUCCAUCAGAUUCCUAACCCAGCAUUACUUGUCAGAUUCCAAGCACUUUGAGUCCAUAUUUAUACAUCCAGGUGGUGAGACCUGUCACACAAGCAGGUGGGCUUUGAUGCCUCCCAGACUGCUGUCCUACCCGAAGCCCUACCGGCUGGUCAGAGAUUGCCAUCCAGGAGGCCUGGAUGAUGUUCUCUCCAAGUUUUAGUUUUGUUUCUUUUCCUUGGACCAAUCAGAUUCCUUCCACUUUUAGUGCCUUGAGUAUUGAGCUUUGGGUGACUGCCCUAGUGUGUGUGGUUGCAUACAGAGCAGGUACUCAUGAGUCUCAGGCAGGCUGUCCAGUGAUAGCAUCAGGAGAGAUAGGUGAGGGGCGGAGGGCCUGGAAAUAGCCCUGAAGGAGAGCUCAUGCUGAUCCAAAGGAGACAGUAGCAUGGAAGGGCACUGUAGGCAUUCCAUGGCACAUGCUUUCCCAUCCUCUACUUAGUACAUACCCCCCUCCAUAUUCCACGCCACUGCUUCUCAACCGCCACCUUCUGACCAAAGAGAAUAGGCAUUCCAAAGAAUCUGUACCUCUGCCUCGGCCUCCCCAAGAAGUCGCAUCUGGAGUUGGCUGUUCUCCACCUGCCCAUCGCAGCCAGCCUGGUGGGCGCACACCCUCCCCCUGCACCCUUCUCCCCGCCCUGUACAAUUCCCAG